AUGGGGGCGGUGCUGGUGCGGCGCGGGGGCUGCCUGCUGCUCUGGCUGGCCUUACUGCUGGGCUGCUGGGCUGAGCUGGGCAGCGGGCUGGAGUUCCCGGGCGCGGAGGGCCAGUGGACCCGCUUCCCCAAGUGGAAUGCCUGCUGCGAGAGUGAAAUGAGCUUCAACAUGAAAACGCGCAGCUCCAGCGGGCUGGUGCUCUACUUUGAUGACGAGGGUUUCUGUGACUUCCUGGAGCUCAUCCUCACCCAGGGAGGGCGGCUACAGCUCAGCUUCUCCAUCUUCUGCGCCGAGCCUGCCACCUUGCUCUCGGACACGGCGGUCAACGACAACCUCUGGCACGCUGUUGUCAUCCGCCGCCACUUCAAGAACACGACGCUGAUCAUUGACCGAACCGAGGCCAAGUGGGUGGAGGUGAAGUCCAAACGGCGGGACAUGACUGUCUUCAGUGGCCUCUUCCUAGGAGGGCUCCCGCCAGAGCUGCGGUCAGCGACACUAAAGCUGACGCUCUCCUCUGUCAAGGACCGGGAGCCCUUCAAGGGCUGGAUAACAGAUGUGCGGGUGAACUACACACAGACAUCACCGGUGGAGAGCCAGGAGGUGCGGCUGGAUGAUGAGCAGAGCCGGCUGUGCGCCAGGGACGACGUCUGCCUCAACGGGGGCGUCUGCUCGGUGCUCAAUGACCAGGCUGUCUGCGACUGCUCCCAAACGGGCUUCCGAGGGAAGGACUGCAGUGAAGAAGACAACUAUGUGGAAGGUCUGGCGCACCUGAUGAUGGGCGACCAAGGUAAAAGUAAAGGAAAAGAAGAAUAUAUUGCAACAUUCAAGGGAUCAGAAUACUUCUGCUAUGAUUUAUCUCAGAACCCUAUACAGAGUAGCAGUGAUGAAAUAACUCUGUCAUUUAAAACACUUCAGAGGAACGGACUGAUGCUUCACACAGGAAAAUCGGCUGAUUAUGUCAAUCUUGCACUGAAAAAUGGAGCUGUCUCCUUGGUCAUUAAUUUGGGCUCAGGGGCCUUUGAAGCGUUGGUGGAACCUGUGAAUGGGAAAUUUAAUGACAAUGCCUGGCAUGAUGUGAAAGUAACCAGGAAUCUGCGUCAGCACUCAGGCAUUGGACACGCUAUGGUAAACAAACUACAUUGUUCGGUGACAAUAUCAGUGGAUGGAAUUCUGACCACAACUGGAUACACGCAAGAAGACUACACCAUGCUGGGCUCUGAUGACUUUUUCUAUGUUGGAGGCAGUCCUAGCACAGCAGACCUUCCAGGGUCUCCAGUCAGUAACAACUUUAUGGGCUGUCUCAAAGAGGUUGUAUAUAAAAAUAACGAUGUCAGGUUGGAGCUGUCUCGACUUGCCAAGCAAGGGGAUCCUAAAAUGAAGAUUCAUGGGGUUGUAGCAUUUAAAUGUGAGAAUGUUGCAACCUUAGAUCCAAUCACAUUUGAAACACCAGAGUCUUUCAUCUCUCUGCCAAAGUGGAAUGCCAAGAAAACAGGCUCAAUAUCGUUUGACUUUCGUACAACUGAACCAAAUGGCCUGAUUCUUUUCAGUCAUGGGAAACCAAGGCAUCAAAAAGAUGCCAAACAUCCACAGAUGGUGAAGGUUGAUUUUUUUGCAAUUGAGAUGCUUGAUGGCCACCUCUACCUACUAUUAGACAUGGGAUCAGGUACUAUAAAAAUAAAAGCCUUGCAGAAGAAGGUAAAUGAUGGUGAAUGGUACCAUGUGGAUUUUCAGCGAGAUGGGCGGUCAGGGACAAUAUCCGUAAACACGUUACGCACUCCAUAUACUGCACCAGGGGAAAGUGAAAUCCUUGACUUGGAUGAUGACUUGUAUCUUGGAGGCUUACCAGAAAAUAAAGCAGGCCUGGUCUUCCCAACAGAAGUAUGGACAGCACUCCUCAAUUAUGGAUACGUUGGCUGCAUUAGAGAUUUAUUUAUUGAUGGUCAAAGCAAAGAUAUUCGACAGAUGGCUGAAAUCCAAAGCACAGCUGGAGUAAAACCUUCAUGCUCAAGAGAAACUGCAAAACCUUGCCUUAGCAACCCCUGUAAAAACAAUGGUGUGUGCAGGGAUGGGUGGAACAGAUAUGUGUGUGAUUGCUCUGGCACAGGGUACCUUGGCAGAUCAUGUGAAAGAGAGGCAACGAUUCUAAGCUAUGAUGGAAGUAUGUUUAUGAAAAUACAGCUUCCUGUUGUGAUGCACACAGAGGCCGAAGAUGUUUCUUUAAGGUUCAGGUCUCAGCGAGCUUAUGGCAUUUUGAUGGCAACAACUUCCAGGGAAUCUGCAGAUACCCUUCGGUUAGAGCUGGAUGCAGGACGAGUUAAGCUAACGGUCAACCUAGACUGUAUCAGGAUUAACUGUAAUUCCAGCAAAGGCCCAGAAACCCUUUUUGCUGGCUAUAACCUCAAUGAUAAUGAGUGGCACACAGUGCGUGUGGUGCGGCGAGGAAAAGGUUUAAAGUUAAUGGUGGAUGACCAGCAGGCUGUGACAGGUCAAAUGGCUGGCGAUCACACACGACUGGAAUUCCACAACAUAGAAACAGGAAUAAUAACAGAACGGCGCUACCUGUCUUCUGUGCCUUCUAAUUUUAUUGGGCAUCUACAGAGUCUCACAUUUAAUGGCAUGGCAUACAUUGACUUAUGUAAAAAUGGAGACAUCGAUUAUUGUGAGCUAAAUGCAAGAUUCGGGUUCAGGAACAUCAUAGCAGACCCUGUAACCUUUAAAACAAAAGCAAGUUAUGUUGCACUGGCCACGCUACAAGCGUACACAUCUAUGCACCUUUUUUUCCAGUUCAAAACCACCUCCCUGGAUGGAUUGAUACUUUUUAACAGUGGCGAUGGAAAUGAUUUCAUUGUGGUUGAAUUAGUAAAAGGGUAUUUACACUAUGUGUUUGACUUGGGAAAUGGUGCCAACCUCAUCAAGGGAAGUUCCAAUAAACCUCUGAAUGACAACCAGUGGCAUAAUGUCAUGAUAUCAAGGGAUACCAACAACCUACACACUGUAAAGAUUGACACUAAAAUCACAACACAGAGCACAGCAGGAGCCAGAAAUUUAGAUCUCAAAAGUGAUUUAUAUAUUGGAGGAGUGGCCAAAGAGAUGUUUAAAUCCUUGCCCAAACUGGUGCAUGCAAAGGAGGGAUUCCAAGGCUGCCUUGCAUCAGUUGACUUGAACGGACGGCUCCCUGAUCUCAUCUCAGAUGCUCUCUUCUGCAAUGGGCAAAUAGAAAGAGGAUGUGAAGUUGCAUUGAUGAAAGCUGAUUUGCAAGGCCCCAGCACCACGUGCCAAGAGGAUUCCUGUGCAAACCAGGGCGUGUGCUUACAGCAGUGGGAUGGAUUCAGUUGUGACUGUAGCAUGACCUCCUUUAGUGGACCAUUAUGCAAUGACCCGGGGACAACGUAUAUCUUUAGCAAAGGUGGUGGACAAAUCACUUACACGUGGCCUCCCAACGACCGGCCAAGCACUCGAGCGGACAGACUGGCCAUAGGGUUUAGCACUGUGCAAAAAGAGGCUGUGCUGGUGCGAGUGGACAGUUCUACUGGCCUUGGAGAUUAUUUAGAGCUGCAUAUCCACCAGGGAAAAAUUGGAGUUAAAUUCAACGUUGGGACGGAUGACAUCGCCAUCGAAGAGAUGAAUGCCAUCAUUAACGAUGGGAAGUACCAUGUGGUUCGCUUCACAAGGAGUGGUGGCAAUGCCACACUACAGGUGGACAACUGGCCCGUCAUCGAGCGUUACCCAGCAGGAAACAAUGAUAACGAGCGCCUGGCGAUUGCUAGACAGCGAAUUCCAUAUCGACUUGGUCGAGUAGUUGAUGAAUGGCUACUCGACAAAGGGCGUCAGCUCACAAUCUUCAAUAGCCAAGCAACCAUAAAAAUUGGAGGCAAGGAACGUGGCCACCCUUUCCAAGGCCAGCUCUCUGGUCUUUACUACAAUGGCUUGAAAGUUCUGAAUAUGGCAGCAGAAAAUGAUGCCAACAUCGUGAUAGAAGGAAAUGUGAGACUUGUUGGUGAAGUGCCUUCCUCUAUGACAACUGAGUCCACAGCCACCGCAAUGCAGUCGGAGAUGUCCACUUCAGUCAUGGAAACAACUACCACAUUGGCCACGAGCACCGCCAGAAGAGGAAAGGCUCCGACCAAAGAACCCAUUGGUCAGACUACAGAUGACAUCCUGGUGGCCUCGGCUGAAUGUCCUAGCGAUGAUGAGGACAUCGAUCCCUGUGAGCCGAGCUCAGGUGGGUUAGCAAACCCUACCAGGGCAGGAGGAGGAAGGGAGUACCCCGGCUCGUCCGAGGUGAUCCGUGAAUCCAGCAGCACGACGGGCAUGGUGGUUGGGAUCGUGGCGGCAGCGGCGCUGUGCAUCCUCAUCCUCCUGUAUGCCAUGUACAAGUACAGGAAUCGAGACGAAGGAUCCUACCAUGUGGAUGAGAGUCGAAACUACAUCAGUAACUCAGCACAAUCCAAUGGGGCUGUGAUCAAGGAGAAACAGCCCAACAGCGCUAAAAGUUCCAACAAAAACAAGAAAAAUAAGGAUAAGGAGUACUAUGUCUGA